CGCCGCCGCCGCCUCCGGGGGUCAUCCGGGGUGGGGGGUCGCGCACCGGGCUGGCCCCUCGCCACAGCUGUCGCCUGAGCCUCCUGUCGGCGGCCGUCCCGGGCAGAGGCUCGCCGUCCGCCGAGCCGCUCGGGGCCUCCGCGCUCGCUCGCUCGCCGAACCCGCGGGUCCUGGAGAAGCGGCCGCGGCCGCGGAACGGGGCUGGGCGCUUGCGACGAUUAACUGCUGAGGUACUGAUUGAGUUCUGCGUUUCUUCAAUGAGGAACUACAGGCUGAUCUUCUGCCAUAAUCUCAAACAGCCAUAAAUGACAAAAGAAUGCUUGCUCAGUGAGGGUAGCAGGUGCAGAAGCCGUUUUUUAAACUUAGGCGUUUAAGUACUCAAAGAAAAGACAGCUUUGAUUUCUGGCUGCAAAAAAGAUAUGAGGAAGAGCUCCUCCCCUUCCUUGAGUAACUGCAACUCCGUUCUUGCUAACAAAAUAUUUGGAAUUCCACUUGAUGAGCUGCAGCAGGGAGGACAUCCAGACAAUGAGGUUCCGUUGAUAGUCCGCCACGUUGUGGACUAUAUUGAGGAACAUGGAGGUCUGGAUCAACAAGGACUUUUUCAAGUCAAUGGAAAUGCUGAGACAGUGGAGUGGCUUCGGCAGAGAUAUGACAGUGGAGAAGAGGUGGAUUUGGUUAAGGAAGCAGAUGUUCCCUCAGCUAUUAGUCUUCUUAGGUUUUUCCUUCAAGAACUUCCUGAACCUGUUGUCCCUGGCAGUUUGCAUAUUCACUUGAUGCAGCUUUCUCAAGAUUAUAAUAACGAAGAUGAAUUUGGAAGAAAAUUGAAGUUCCUCUUGCAACAGCUGCCAUCUGUUAAUUAUAGUUUGUUAAAGUUUCUGUGUAGAUUUUUAGCCAAUGUAGCAUCACAUCAUGAAGAAAUUUGGUCUACAAAUUCUUUGGCUGCUGUCUUUGGUCCAGAUGUCUUCCACAUUUACACAGAUGUGGAAGAUAUGAAAGAGCAAGAAAUAGUGAGCAGAAUAAUGGCUGGACUUCUGGAAAAUUACUAUGAGUUUUUUGAGAAUGAAGAGGAAGAGUUUUCUUCAAAUGAUUUGAGUUCUAUCACUGAACAGAUUAAUGAACUUUCUGAGGAAGAUGAAGAUGAUGAAAAGCUGGAACAUAUAGAAGAAAUUCCAGAAGAAAGUGCAGAAAAACUGAACAAUAUGCCAGAGGAGGUACAGUUAAGGAUGACUGAGAACAUCCUGGAAUCAAAUGAUGUGAAGGCAUCAACAAGCAUUUUAGAAAGAACAAUUAGAGCGGCUGUGGAGCAUCACCUUUUCGAUCUGCAGAGCAGCAUAGAUCAUGAUUUUAAGAAUUUACAGCAGCAGAAUUUGAUAUGUAAUAAUGAAGCAGAAAAUAUUAAUUUUGAUGGGAAAGGAUCUAAUAACCAGGUUGGUAUUGCUGUCGAUAUUAUUAAUGCCAGUAAAGGUGACAGAGACUGUUCGAAAUCUGUGGCCGGCACUAAGCUAGACCAUGAAGUUAUGCAGCAAGAUUGUUUAUUUGAGGAUGAAGAAAAUAACCAGUCUCUAGGUAUACUGUUAGAGCCAUGCGGUGGCCAUGGCGAGGGUGAAGAUGGCUGUCUUGAGAGGAAAGAAUAUUUGUUAUUUGACAGUGAUAAAUUGUCACACUUGAUUCUGGAUUCCAGCAGCACAAUAUGUGAUUUGAAUGCCAAUACUGCUUCAGAAGUAUGUGGAAGUAAAAGUGUUGCUAUUGAAGAGGAAGCAGACUCUGUCCAGAUUCCACAUUUAGAUCUGAGGAAUGUUUCUGAAGAUGAUAAAUGGGAAGCGUCAUGUCCUAUCACUUUUCCCCUCAUUGAUUUCAAAACAAUGCAUCUGCAGAGAGAUGGGGAGGAACCAUUUCCUGCUUUUAAGUCUUGGCAGGAAGAUCAUGAGUCUGGAGAAGCUCAGCUGUCUCCCCAGGCUGGAAGAAUGACUCACCAUCCUCUGGAAGAGGACUGUCCUCCCGUGUUAUCACACCGCAGUCUAGACUUUGGGCAGAGCCAGCGUUUCCUACAUGACCCAGAAAUGUUGGGUUCCUCAUCUAAAGCCCUCUCUUUUACUAGGAUUCGAAGAUCAUCCUUUAGUUCAAAAGAUGACAAAAGAGAAGACAGAACACCUUACCAGUUGGUCAAGAAACUGCAGAAAAAAAUAAGACAAUUUGAAGAGCAGUUUGAAAGGGAAAGAAAUAGCAAGCCCUCCUACAGUGAUAUUGCAGCCAAUCCAAAGGUGUUAAAGUGGAUGACAGAGCUCACUAAACUGAGGAAGCAAAUUAAAGACGCAAAGCACAAAAGCUCUGAUGGAGAAUUUGUACCUCAGACACGACCACGAAGUAACACCCUUCCCAAAAGCUUUGGAUCUUCUCUAGACCAUGAUGAGGAAGAGAAGGAAGAUGAUUCCAGAGUUGUUCAGAAGGAGAAGAAGCCAUCUAAAGAGGCAACGCUUGAGCUUAUUCUGAGGAGACUGAAAGAAAAGCGUGCGGAGAGAUGUCUUCCCGAAGAUAUAAAGAAAAUGACAAAAGAUCAUUUGGUAGAAGAGAAAACUUCUCUCCAGAAAAGUCUUCUUUACUAUGAAAGUCAACAUGGAAGGCCGGUGACCAGGGAAGAAAGGCACAUUGUUAAACCUCUCUAUGAUAGAUACAGGCUUGUAAAACAGAUGCUCACAAGAGCGAGCAUCACUCCAAUUCUUGGAUCUCCAUCUACCAAACGAAGGGGUCAGAUGCUACAGCCAAUUAUAGAAGGAGAAACUGCACAUUUUUUUGAAGAAAUCAAGGAAGAAGAAGAAGAUGGUAUUAGUCUGUCCUCUGAAUUAAAUGAUAUCUUGAAAACAGCUGUGCAGGCACAGUGUUCAUUGAAAAACUCUGAAUGUGAUGUUGAAGAAAAUCAAGAAAAAUUGGCUCUGGAUCUCCGCUUGUCAAGUACUCGUGCAGCUUCUAUGCCUGAAUUACUGGAACAACUUUGGAAAGCCAGAGCUGAAAAAAAGAAACUACGUAAAACAUUAAGAGAAUUUGAAGAGACAUUUUAUCAACAAAAUGGGAGGAAUGCCCAGAAAGAGGAUCGUGUUCCAGUGCUUGAGGAGUACAGGGAGUACAAGAAAAUUAAAGCGAAGCUUAGGCUUCUUGAAGUUCUUAUCAGCAAACAAGAUUCUUCAAAAUCCAUAUAAAAUAUGCUCCUUCGAAAGUUCACAUCAUAAAGUCAGUUGUGUCCCUUGAA